CUGAGCGCAGCCAAUGGGCGUCAAGAACAGCAUGUGACGACAUAAAUUUCGAUCCUUUUAUGCGCGAACUUGACUUGCGUUGAAGUGAGAAAACGGCGCGACGGGAGCUUUGUCAUCAAACCUGGAUCUUUUUGUCUGAUUUGAAGGCAAACGUCGACCCUUUAAGUCUUCUGCAACAAUGGCAUCUUCAAGUGAUAUUCAGGUUAAGGAGCUGGACAAGCGUGCCUCAGGACAGGCUUUUGAGGUCAUCCUUGGGAGUCCUACUCCAGAUGCCAAGGGUGAGUUCCCUCUCUCCCCUCCAAAGAAGAAGGAUCUUUCCUUGGAGGAGAUCCAGCGAAAACUAGAGGCUGCAGAAGAGAGACGCAAGUCUCAUGAAGCGGAGGUUCUGAAACACUUAGCAGAGAAGCGUGAGCAUGAAAAGGAGGUGCUUCAGAAAGCUCUAGAAGAAAACAACAACUUCAGCAAGAUGGCAGAAGAGAAACUGAACCAGAAAAUGGAAGCCAACAAAGAAAACCGUUCAGCCAUCAUGGCAGCCAUGAAUGAGAAGUUCAAAGAGAAGGACAAGAAGCUGGAAGAGGUUCGAAAAAACAAAGAAAACAAAGAGGUCAACUGUGAAGAAAACUGAAACGUAUAGGUUUAUAAGGGAUUCUGAUGGGGUUUUUUACAUAUCCAAAGAUUGAUUUUUUUUUUUUUUUUUUUUUUUUUUUUUUUUUUUUUUUGAGUUCACAUGAGAGGAAAAAAAAUGUGAGGUGUCAUCAUGGGUCCAUUUUCAGAAAACAAACAAAUUCAGCUUUUGGUUUGUAUAUAGCAGUGGUUUUACACAUUCAUCGACUCUUUCACUUAUCUGUGUGCUAUUUAGACUGCAGCUUUUUUCACUGUCUGAUAUUAGCUGUCUUCUGAACCUGGUAGGGACUCAUGUAUGAUAUGCUUAACAUGCUGAUAACUGUUUCUUGAGCUUUUCGCUUUUCAUGAGGUUAGGAGCUUGUUUGUGUGUGUUUCGCUUUAAGCACAUGACUGUUCUUUGUACAAGUUCAGACUGGGUAUUAGAGGGCUUUACAUGUGAAAUGCAAAAUUAGCAAUACCUGUUGACAUCUUUGAUAGUUAACUUGUCAACUUAACGGUUGUACCAAAUAAAAGAAGUACUAAAACUA